GGCGGACACUGAGACAGGAAAAAAAUUUCGAAAACCCCAAAAAAACCUUUUCGUUUCUUCUUCUUCAUCUGUUUGAAAGAGAUGUCAAAAAACCCUAACGGUAUACAUUCUGUGUAGACGGGUCUGUAUACACCAAUAUAACCUGAGCACGCAACGAGAUUCGUUCUCGGUAGAAUCUAGAUAAAACCCUAAAUUUGAUUUUUUGGUGAGUCUCGCAUAUUGGUGGAUGCCUCCUGCGGCGGUGGAGAUCGGGUCUCCGAUUGAAAACUUCUCUUCUUUUCGAGAUUUCGCCACAUUUGUUCAGGAGAGUUGUAAUUCGCGCGAUCAACGAAGCAUGGAUCCCUCAUCGCUGUCCUCAGCGGGUAUGGAUAAUGGAAGCAACUUCGGUUUCGGAGCUGGUUCAGGUCCGAGAGCGAAGAAUCGAGCGAGGCCAAGGCUGGUGAAAUUGAGGAAGCAUGGUGGGAAGGUCAGAGGAGCCGAUCCCGGUGAGACCGGGUCGGGUUUCAACCCGUUUGCGUCGUCUGGCGGUGUUCAGGUGAACAAGGUGGAUGAUAGAAAUGGUGAGUUAUCUGGCAAUGGAUGCUUUGUGUUUGGGGCUAAUGGAAGAUGCUGUGCAGAAUCUACCAGUUCAAAUAAUGCCCAAAAGAAUAGUUUAUACUCUGAUGCUGUUUCUGAUAAGGAUAAAUGUAGCAGACCAAUAGGUGAUUCUUACUUCAGUUCUGAAUUCAGAAAGGAACAUUCAGAUGGGGAUUUGUCAAAGCCACGGUGCAGGAAUCAGGAGAACAACAAAGCGUGUGGUGAAAACGGGUUUUCUGCUGCGGAAACUACGCUCAGAUCUGAGAGUGGUGAUAAUGGAAGCCGGAAAAACGGUACUUUCGUGUUUGACAGCAGCAGUAAGAAUUCGGACAACGUUGAGGAGAAUGCUAGAGGUUGUAAGGACAGCACAAAGAUACCAGACAGUGAACUAUGUACUGAUACUUGUGGGAAAUUUUACUGCACUCAGACUGAGGAUGAGAAAGCUACUGAUUACAGUCAGGUGCCUGUAUCAGACCUACACGAUGGCAUGAAAAAACUUAACAUUAGUGAUGCUGAGAAACCGAAUGAAGCCAACAACAGACCUGCUUUUGUAUUUGGUAGCUUUGGAAAUGCUAAUGUUGACAAUAAUGAAGCUAAUACUCCGUCGGGAUCAUGCUCUUUCGGUUCCAAUGGAUUUUACCCAAAUGAUGAUGAUGCUGUGGAAGGUCAACAUGAUUCUCAUGCCGAAAAUAAUAAUGGGAACUUUUCAACAAACACUACUUUUGGUACUAGUGUAUCUUCUAACACCUUUAAAGUACCCCAAUGGGAUCCUUCUUCACUUAAGAACAGUCUGUUUCCAGAAACGAGCAAAACUCCAGUUGUCAUUGGAAAGAACCGCUUGUCCAAGCAAAAGAGAUCAAAGAAAAUCAGGGAAAAAUUGAAGCAAAGUAAGCAGAAUCUACCUCAAGAUCUAGCUUCAGAUGCAAUUCAUUCUCAAGAAAAAAUCAAUUCCCCUGGAUAUUGCUCACCCAUGGAUUUCUCUCCUUAUGAUGAUAGUAAAGCCAGUAGUCAAUUUCCAACGGAAGCUCCUUCCACAUCAAGCAAGCUCUCCAACGUGGGAGUUCAGGAAAAUUCUGGCUUUAGCAAUGAUGUCAAUACUGCCUUAGCAAGGGAUGCAUUUACCUUCUCUACAGAGGAUCGAGGAAAUAAUUCCAUGCCGGCAUUUUCUUUCUGUCCAGGCUUGGGGGAUGAGAAGGGUUUUACCUUUUCAGUAUCUACAUCCCAUGGGAAAGUACCUCUUACGAAGCGUCAAACUCAGAAGAAAUUUAGAAGGAAAGUUAAUAAGAAUUUGCUGAAAAAUGAUCCUACUGUGCAAAGCAAACAGGAGACUCGAUCUGAGAGUGAAGUACAAGCCAAACAAGACCCAGGAUCUACAUCAGCGAUGCCAGAUGCAUGUGAGAUGUGGCGACUUAGGGGGAAUCAAGCCUACAGAACUGGUGAUUUGCAUAAAGCUGAGGAUUGUUACACACAGGGUAUUAAGUCCAUCCCUCCAAGUGGUAGUUCUGAAUCCUCUGUCAAGUCUCUCGCACUUUGCUAUGGCAACCGGGCAGCAGCACGGAUUUCUCUGGGAAGAUUGAGGGAGGCUAUAAGGGAUUGUGAAAUGGCUGCUUCACUGGAUCAUAACUUUGUUAAAGCAUAUAUGAGGGCUGCAAAUUGUCAUCUUGUGCUGGGGGAGCUUGGCGAAGCAGUGCAGUAUUUUAACAAGUGUUUGGAAACUGCCUCUAGUGUAUGCUUGGAUAGACGAACUACUAUUGAAGCAGCUGAAGGUUUACAAAAGGCUCAAAGGGUAACUGACAGUACGAACAGUGCAACCAAACUUUUGGAGAAGAGAACAACCGAUGCAGCAUCUGAAGCAUUGGGUCCAAUUGCCGAUGCCUUGUCCAUUAGCUCAUGCUCAGAGAAACUUCUCCGAAUGAAAGCUGAGGCCCUAUUUAUGGCGCAGCAAUAUAAACAAGUGAUUGAACUAUGUGAGCAUACCCUUCAUAUAGUUGAAAUGAAUACUGCUUCAGCAGGUUCCAUGGAUUGUUUAACAAGUCCUGGUAAUAUGAGGUCCAACCAUCGCUCACCCACAACAGUUUGGGGAUUGAACUUGAUAUCCAAGUCACAUUUUUGUAUGGGAAACCUUGAGACGGCCCUUGAUAAAUUACAAAAGCUACAGCAAGUGGAAUCUAGCUGCGACAAGAAUCGGGAAGGCGUUUUUGACUCAUCAGCUUGUCUAACAUCAACCAUUUCUGAACUUUUACGUUUUAAGAAUGCAGGGAAUGAAGCUGUUAGGGCUGGAAGGUACUCGGAAGCAAUAGAGCAUUAUACUGCUGCACUAUCCAGAAGCGUUGAGUCACGACCCUUCGCAGCAAUUUGUUUUUGUAACCGUGCAGCUGCAAACCAGGCUCUGGUCCAUAUCACCGAUGCAAUUGCAGACUGUAGUCUUGCCAUGGCUCUUGAUGCAAACUACACAAAGGCAAUUUUUAGGAGAGCGACAUUAAAUGAGAUGAUCAGAGAUUAUGAUCAAGCAGCCAGUGAUCUACGGAGAAUAAUCGACAUUCUCGGAAAGAAAUGUGAUAAAGAGGCAAAAUCUUCAGAGAAAUCUGCUGGGAGUGCAAGCAGUAUGAAAGAACUAAAGCAAGCACGGCAGAGAUUGACUGCGAUGGAAGAGGAACUCAAAAAGGGCAUUCCUCUGGAUUUCUUUCUCAUCCUGGGAGUUAAAAAGUCUGAUACUGCUACUGAUAUCAAAAAGGCAUAUCGAAAAGCAGCACUCAGACAUCACCCGGAUAAGAGUGGGCAGAUUCUUGUUAGGGGCGAAAGUGAAGGGCAAUGGUUGAAAGAGAUUAUACAUGAGGUUCACAAAGAUGCUGACAGGCUCUUCAAAAUCAUCGGAGAGGCAUAUUCAGUCCUUUCAGACCCAACUAAAAGGUCGGAGUACGAAGCCGAGGAAGAGAUGAGGAAAGUGAGAGCAUCUAGAGAGGGCAACAGAAGCAGAGGAAACAGGAAACCCGACUUUUCGUAUGAGAGAAGUCCUAACAGACGAAACUGGAGGGAUAGCAGAAGAAACUACGGAAACGUGCCUGAAUGGUGGUAGAAUUCUCGAGGAAACUUAAACGGAAAAUAAGCAUAUACUGUAAUAGUUCCCAGCAGAACCUUCUCGGACGAGAUUUUUGGAGAGCGGUAGAAGUGAACCCGAAUCAUUGGGUAAUGGAUGAUGCUCCUGAUGCAAUGAUGUUCAGGACAUUGCCCUCUGUAACCUGAUACAGUCAGUGCUCACGAUUCUUUCGUGGGUUUGAACAGACAGAUAUCUCCUUUGUAUUGUUUGCUUAAGACAGGAAAUGUUUUGUACUUUGCAGUGGGUAUAGUGGAAAACCAAACAAAGGUUGGAGAA